AUGCUCUCACGUGUUGCUGCAGUGAAGGCACCCCGCACACACAACCGUCGCCGCGUGACCGGAUCCAGCGGAAGGAGGAGGGAAGGAAGAGAGAGUGAGCCGCAGAGGCCCAACAUGUCCCGGCGUGUGUUUGCUUCUGCGGUGCUGCUCCUCCUCGUCGUGACGAUGUGCUGUGGCACUGGUGGAGCUGCGCAAGUUGCUGAGGUGGAGCAGUCGUCUGAUCCAAAGUUUGAAUGGAAGGACAUCACUGAUGAUGAUGUAACUGUGGAUUCGUUGGGUGCUCCCGGCCUUUUGAAAGUGGGGAGUGAUGUAUUUGCCGUUGCCGAGGCGCAGUGCAAGAAGGAUGAAGAUAACAGCGUUUUUACUGGCAUUGCAUCCCGAUUUCUCACGGAAGCAGCGGAUAACUUACCGAAGGAGGUUCUGGAGGAUGGCAAAAAGUAUACAAAAGUUCUGGAGGAAGUUACUUCUGGAAAGGCGAAGAAGAAAGUAGAUGUGAGCCGACCAACAGCAGUUGUGAAGGGAAGUAAUAUUUACAUGCUUGUUGGAAAACACAACCGUAAUGCUGCUGGUGUUCAGGAUAGUGGUGAAGAUGACUCGGGACUUUUUUUGCUGAAAGGUGAUGUCAGUGGUGAAGGAAGAAGCAAAAAAAUUGACUGGAACGAUACGAAACUUCUCGCGCGGAACACUUUUGACGAACAAAUCAAAUCUUUAACAGGGCUGAUUGGCGGCGGUGGAUCGGGUGUUGAGACGAAGGACGGCGAUACGCUUUUGUUCCCGGUGGAGGCCACGAAGAAUGUAAAGGAUGGAAAGACAAGGACGGUUUCGCUGAUCAUGUUCUUAAAGGAGACUGCCGGUUGGACGCUGUCGAAGGAGGUGCCUGCCGAUGGCUGCAGUGAUCCCUCCGUCGUGGAGUGGGAGGACAAACUCAUGAUGAUGACUGCGUGUGAUGGCCGCCGCAGGGUGUACGAGUCCGGUGACGAGGGGGAGUCGUGGACGGAGGCACUCGGGACACUCUCGCGCGUGUGGGGCAACAAACAAAAGGGUGAAGGAGAGAAGGGCGUUGGGAGCGGGUUCAGCACAGCGAAGAUUGAUAAAAGGGACGUGAUGCUCGUCACUCUGCCGGUGUAUUCAAAGAAUGGAGAAAAAGACAAUCCAAAGGGCGUACUCCAUCUUUGGCUGACGGACAAUACGCACAUUGUUGAUAUUGGGCCGGUGUCCGGUGAAGAUGACGCUGCCGCCAGCUCCCUGCUGUACAAAAGUGUUGAAAAUGGAGAUCAAGGAAAUAAAGAGGAGUUGAUUGCACUGUACGAGAAGAAGAAGGGCGAAUCGUCAUCCGGUAUGGUUUCAGUGCUUCUGACUGAGCAGCUGAAGCGGGUGAGGGAGGUGCUGACGACCUGGAAGGAAGUGGACGAACGUGUCUCCAAGCUGUGCCCUUCUGAGAAUGCUCUGGAGGACACCUCAACUGACACUGCCUGCAGCACUACUGGUACGAUCACGGAUGGGCUGGUUGGCUUUUUGUCCGGCAACUUCUCUAAUGACACAUGGAAGGACGAGUACCUCGGGGUGAACGCCACAGUAACGAAUGGGGCGGAGAAAACGGAUAACGGCGUAACAUUUAAAGGGCGUGGUGCGUGGGCGGAGUGGCCUGUUGGCAAGCAAGGGGAGAAUCAGCUGUACCACUUUGCGAACCACAAAUUCACUCUUGUGGCGACGGUGUCCUUCCACGGUGAGCCGAAGGAGGGAGUUACCCCUAUUCCAUUGAUGGGUGCGAAGAUGAAUGACAAUGAGAAUCCAGUUCUUUUGGGACUGUCGUACAACAACAAAGAAAAGAAAUGGAUAUUACUGUGCGAUGGCAGAGAGAACAAGAAGUACAGCAGCGAUUGGGAGACAAAGACAUCAGAACACGUGGUAGUUUUGCUACGGAACGGCAACCAGAGCUCUGCGUACGUCGAUGGUCAGCCUGUGGGUGGGGAUGAAGAAUGUGUACUGAAAAUUGCGGAUUCGAAGGAGAUCUCACACUUCUACAUUGGAGGGGAUGGAGGCCGCGCAGAGGGCCAAGAAGGCGUGUCUGUGACUGUGAGGAACGUCCUACUGUACAACCGCCCGUUGAGUUCCGCAGAGAUUGACGACCUCAAACCGAAUAAAUUCCCCAUUUCACCUUUGGUAAAGGAGCCGUCGUCGCCUUCACCAGUUCCUUCUGCUUCCCGUGUAACUCCCAUCCCUUCGGUGGCCGCAACUGCUCAGAUAACCGGAACUUCGUCCACUCCCGCCGGAACACAUCUGACGGAACAGGGGCAGCCGAUGGGGAGCAGUGGUGCGGACAGUGGCGGUGCAUCCACAUCAGCGGUGUCCGCUGUCAGUAUUCCAUCAGCAGGAAAGGACUCCGUAAAGCAGGUGGCGUCAGGAAAAACUUCCGAUGGAGCUCAAACCGUGGAUGGCGGUUCAACUGCUGAUGGCCAGCCAACGAUGGAGAAAAGAGAAGGAGGAACGGAUGGGCAGAAGGAAGAGGUACAGCCACAUAACGGGGAAGUAAAUGCUACGGCACUCAACGGCAGCCUUGGAAAUGUGUCGCAGGGGAAUAACAGCGAUGGCGGCACCAUGCGUUGCAGCGGACUGCUGCCAUCGAUGCUUCUUCUGUUGGGACUGUGGGUGUUUGCGGCUCUGUGA